UGUUUAGUAAACUUCAUUUCUCUACAAACUUCUCAUCAGAUCAUAUUAUUGUGAAAUUUAGUUGCUUGGUGGCUUUUAUUCUAACCGUGUUGUUCAAUUUUAGUUGAAAUAGACGAUAAUAAUAAAUAACUACCACAACAAUUUAAUCAAUGCUUAUUUACUACGGGCAACAUGAAUUACGUCGUAGUGCUUGCUUGUUUAAUAUUUAAUGUGUUACAUUCGGUCCAAACUUUCGAUCAAAAUAUUGAGGAGGAAGAGAUUCGAGCAAGAGCAUUUUUGAAUAAUUUAAAUAAAGAACUCGUAGAAAAAUCAAACAAACUGGUCGUGGCAGAAUGGAAUUUUUCGUCAAAUGUUACAGAAGAGAAUGAACAAGCAAAGGCUGCAGUAGCUGCUGAAACUGCUGAAUUUCAUAAAGAACAAGCAAAAGAAUUGUUAAAAUUCGAUAACAAUGCAUUCAAAGACGAAGACUUGAAGAGACAAUUUAAAUUAUUAUCAAAGCUUGAAUAUGCGGUGCUUCCAGCUGACAAGUUUAAACAAUUGAAAAGUGCCAUUAGCUCUAUGGAAUCUAAUUAUGCAAAAGUACAUGUUUGUUCAUUUACAAAUAAAACAAAAUGUGAUUUGCAGUUGGAACCAGAACUAACUGAAAUCUUAAAAACCAGCAAAAAUCCGGAGGAACUUAAAUAUUAUUGGGAACAGUGGUAUGAUUUGGCUGGAACUCCAACGCGUAAAGAUUUCGACACAUAUUUGCAGCUGAAUAAGGAGGCAGCAAAUUUAAAUAAUUUUACAUCCGGCGCUGAAAUGUGGUUGAAUUAUUAUGAAGAUGAAACAUUUGAAGCACAAUUGGAGAAUAUUUUCAAAGAAAUUCGUCCGUUGUAUCAACAAUUACAUGCCUACGUUCGUCAUUCUUUGAAAAAAACAUAUGGCGAAGAGAUUGUUGAGGAUGGACUGAUUCCGAUGCAUUUGCUGGGAAAUAUGUGGGCACAAAGUUGGGAUAACAUUUACGAUGACACUGUUCCAUACCCCAGUAAACAAUCAACAGAUGUCACCAAGGAAAUGAUUGCCCAAAACUAUACCGCUUUGAAAAUGUUCAAAUUGGCUGAGGAGUUUUACGUGUCGUUGAAUAUGAGUGCAUUACCACAGUCAUUCUGGGAGCAAAGUAUUAUCGAAAAGCCAACGGAUGGAAGAGAAUUAGUUUGUCAUGCUUCAGCUUGGGAUUUCUACAAAAAUUCAGACGUUCGAAUCAAGAUGUGCACUGAAAUCAAUGGGGAGGCUCUUGCUACUGUCUUCCAUGAAAUGGGACACAUUUACUAUUUUUUGCAAUAUGAACAUCAACCAGUAUCUUAUCGUACAGGUGCCAAUCCAGGUUUUCAUGAGGCUAUAGGAGAUUUGUUUGCCUUAUCAGCGUCGACACCUAAACAUUUGCAAAAAAUCGGUCUUUUGAAAAAUUAUCAGCCUGACAACGAGACCAAGAUCAACGAACUUUACCGCGUGGCAUUGGAUAAGAUAGCAUUCCUGCCGUUUGCCUAUUCACUCGAUCAAUAUCGAUGGGCACUAUUUCGUGGAGAAGUCAAGUCAGACGAAUAUAAUUGUAAGUUUUGGCAGAUGCGUGAAACGGCAUCGGGCAUUAAACCUCCAGUACAACGAUACAAAGAAGAUUUCGAUCCACCAGCAAAAUAUCAUAUUUCAGCUGACGUCGAAUAUUUACGCUAUGUGAUAUCGUUCAUUUUGCAAUUCCAAUUCCAUAAAGGCGCUUGCACUUUGGCAGGAGAAUAUGAUCCAAAUAAUGCGAACAGCGCAUUGACCGAUUGUGAUAUAUAUGAAAGUACAAAAGCCGGAAAUGCCAUCAAGGAAAUGUUGUCAUUAGGACUAUCGAAAACUUGGCCAAAUGCGCUCGAAAUUGUUACCGGCCAAAGAACAAUGAGCGCAUCUGCUUUAAUAGAAUAUUUUAAACCUCUCCAAGAUUGGCUCGAGAAGAAGAACAAAGAAACUGGAGCUCAUAUUGGAUGGAAAUCGGAAUUUGAGUGCCUGUCAAAGCCUGAUGCGGAAAAGCCAAAUGGACCUUAAAUAUUAAUGAUUAACAUUUGUUUGUGUCUGUCAUAUUAUAAAAGGCUUGAUGUCGAAAGCAUUACAACAGUACUUAAACAUUUACAUUUUCAAUAAAUGAAUAAAGAAAGAUAAAAUCAUUCACAAUAAUAAGUUU